CGGGAAGGCUCUUUCUCUGUCUGACUCUGGGGGAAAAUUCUCAUCUUUUUCAGCUUCUGUAGCUCCAGCACGCCUCGGUUCCGUGGUGAUCACGUGGCAUCUUCCCUGUUUGUGCUUUCUUCUGUGUCUAAUCUGCUCUUUCUGUAGCUCGGAAGUGAGUAGGUUUAGCACACACCCCGCACUGAUAUGGCUUCAUUAACAUAACAAAGAAAACGCUAUUCCCACACAGGAUUACUUCCCCAGGUAGAGGGGUUAGGAUUCCAACACAGAUUUUGGAAGGACACAAUUCAGUCCAUAACAGUGAGUCUUCCCAUUUUUCCACAUCCUCCUCAACACUUGGUUUCAGUUUUCCUGAUCAUAGCCAUCCUAGUGGGGGUGAAGUGGAUCUCACUGUGGUUUGGAUUUGCAUUUCCCUGAUGACUAAGGAUGUUGAGCAUCUUUUCAUUGCUUGUUGGCCGCUUGUGUAUCUUCUUUGGAGAAAUGUCUAUUCAAGUCCUUUGACCAUUUUUUUAAAAUAGAUAACAAAAUGUAGUUUAUUCAUACAAUUAUUUGAUAAUAAAAAGGACUAAAGUACCAGUACAUGUAACAGCGUGGAUGAACCUUGAAAACAUCCUGCAGAGGGAGAAAAGCCAGACACUUUUUUAAAAAGUCCAUUUCAAGAGUUAGUACAAGAAAAAGAACCUGAUGAGACCUGUCCAGAUUAUUUCCAGACGACUGAUUUCCCAGCCAUAUUGCGGACUGAAGUCUGCAGCCUCUGCACAAACCAAGAUUCAUCCAACCAUGGCCCGUCCAAGUUCAAAUAUGGCUGAUUUUCGGAAGGUUUUUGCAAAAGCCAAGCACAUAGCCAUCCUGACAGGGGCUGGUGUUAGUGCUGAAAGUGGGGUUCCGACUUUCAGAGGCGCCGGAGGCUACUGGAGAAAAUGGAAAGCUCAGGACCUGGCUACUCCUCAGGCCUUUGCCCGAGACCCGUCCCGGGUGUGGGAGUUCUACCACUACCGGCGGGAGAUCAUGCACAGCAAGGACCCGAACCCCGGACACCUCGCCAUCGCUGAAUGUGAGGCCCGGCUGUGUGAGCAGGGGCGGCGAGUGGUGGUCAUCACCCAGAACAUCGACGAGCUGCACCGCAAGGCCGGCACCAAGAACCUCCUGGAAAUCCACGGUAGCUUAUUUAAAACUCAGUGCACUGCUUGUGGAAAUGUGGCCGAGAAUUACAAGAGUCCAAUUUGUCCAGCUUUAUCAGGAAAAGGUGCUGCGGAACCUGGAACUGAAGAUGCUAGAAUCCCAGUUGAGAAACUUCCCCGGUGUGAGGAGGCAGGCUGCGGGGGCCUGCUGCGGCCACAUGUAGUGUGGUUUGGAGAAAAUCUGGAUCCAGCUGUUCUGGAGGAGGUGGACCGAGAGCUCGCCCUCUGUGACUUAUGUCUAGUGGUGGGCACUUCCUCUGUGGUUUAUCCUGCCGCCAUGUUUGCCCCCCAGGUGUCCGCCAGGGGAGUGCCAGUGGCCGAAUUUAACAUGGAAACCACCCCAGCCACGGACAGAUUCAGGAAGUCUUGGAAAACACUGGAUUGCAGUUUCUGGUUGGCGUGUUUUCCCGUUGCUGCUUCUUCGUUUUGUUUGUUUUUGAUUUCAUUUCCAGGGGCCCUGUGGCACAACUCUUCCUGAAGCCCUUGCCCGUCAUGAAACAGAAACUGUCUCUUAAUUGUCCUGGGGACGGAAGAAAUGAUAGUACAUCUGAGUACUGGGCCACAAAUGGGAGAGAAACAAUCUGGUGGAUGAUGAAGAUCCCAAAAUAUCCUCUCAUCCCCUAGCUGGAAUCUAACCUGUUGACAAGUGGGAGAGACUGAGAAGUAACAACAGCAGAAGGGUUUAGAAGGAGUCAGAUACCUGGAAAGUUACUACAUAUUAUUUGGUUUGAACUGAAACUUACGGUACCUCUGAAGUGUUUGGUUGGUUAUUGGGAGGGGAAAAAAGUGUGUAAUGAGAUUGUCUUAAAAAAGUUAUUUAAUGUUGGUUGUAUUUUUGCUGCUUGGGCAAAGAUAGAAGCAGAGGAGGUAAAUACUUGUAUUCUUUCAUCUGAUUUUUGCAUAAGAUUUGGUGGAAAAUAAAAGUCACUCUGUGCACUUGGUAAUUGAUUGUAUAAAGAUGUUAGCCCAAGAGAUGUCUUGUCAGAGGCUUCUUGUCUGUGUCUGCCUUGUUUGGCUGUCUUACCUCAAAGAACAUGGAAUUACUUAUAGCAAGAACUCAUGCAAGGAAGGAAGAGAAAAGAACACGGCAGAAAAUCAGGAUGAGAAAAAGAUUUUAAAUACAUGGACCCCGAGGGUAAACACAGCUGCCUAGAAGGUAGCUCUGGGCA